UAUAAAUAUUAUUCACCCCCUUUAUUUCCUCACUCACUCACUCUCUCACUCCACUUUCUCUCUCCUCCAUACUUUCUCUCUCCUCCUAAAUCAUGGCUUUCCAAGAUCAUCACCCUUCUUUCCCAGAUUACCCCCAGAUGAUAAUGGGGGCAAUAGAAAGGUUAAACGAGAAGGAAGGUGCGAGUAAAGAGGCGAUAACGAACUACAUAGAGUCAAACUAUGCAGAUCUGCCACCGAUUCACGCGACGCAUGUGGGGCACACGCUGGAAAAGCUGAGACAAACAGGUCAACUCAUGAUGUUGAAAGAUGACACUUAUAUUCUCAAUGAUGAGCAACAAGAGGAAGAGGAAUUAGCUGAUGAUGAGCCAACUAAUGGGCUUAGUGAGUCCAUAAAGAGAGGACGUGGGCGCCCACCAAAGCCCAAGGGAAACACUCCUACUGGGCCGGGCCCAAACCAGCCUGUUAGGCCCAGGGGUAGGCCAGCUAAGGAGAGGGACCCACUUGCUCCUGUGACUCAGCCCAUUAAGCCGCCUUCUUCUGGUAGGCCACGUGGCAGGCCAAGGAAGAAUCCUUCGGAAGUUAGUGUGACUAGUGUUGGUGGGGCCGGGAUUGGUGGUGUGAAGAGGGGUAGAGGUCGUCCGAGGAAGUCUUGAGGGGUAUAAUGGUAAUUUCGUAGGGUUUGGGUGGGGGUAGAAUUGUAAAUUUGUUGUGGGAGGAAAAAUGGUGAUGAUGAUAAUGAUGGUGUAGUUGUGUUUGUUUUUACAUGCCUUUUGAAUCUUUAGAUUAAAAAAAAAAAAGUUAAAGAAAAAGUAAAAAAAAAAAGGGGGUAAAUUCUUGUGAUGACAACUAAUUUUAUUUUGGGUAUUUUUAUUUUUUUAAUUAAAGUUAACUUGAAAAAAAAAAAAAACUUUAGUUUCUGAUUGGUAGGAAUUUUUUUUUUUUUUUUAAAAAAAGCUGAGGAUCUUAAGGCAUGCUUAAGAGUAUUUUAAUUUUAUUAGGAGGAGUUUAGAGUAGGUGGGCCCCUUUUUGACUCUUUAUUUUUAUUUAAUUUUAAUUUUAGUUGUAGUAAAAUUGUGUUAAUGUAAUGGGUUUAUGAAUUGAUGUGAUAUAUAAAAAAGGAACAUUGGAUUUCAUGUGGUAGGAUUAUGAUUGGAUGAAAAUGGUUAUUAUAAUUAUUGAUAUGAUUUUAUGAGGAAAUAAUUGUAAUAAUGUUGGUUUAAUGUAAUUGGAAAUUUGAUAAUGAGUUGGUUUUGAGA